AUGGAACAGUCUAGUGGCAAUGCUUUGGUGCAGUGGCUGGUAGCAACAUUGCUCAUUGCCUUGUUGGGUGGUGCUCAAGCUUUUGUAAUAUGCAACAUAGACACAACUCAGCUAAACUCAUGUCGUACAGCAGUUACUGGUCCAAACCCACCACCACCAGAUGAAAAAUGUUGUGCAGUUAUCCGCAAGGCCAAUCUGUCUUGCCUCUGCAAAUACAAGUCUCUUCUACCUUCGCUUGGAAUCGACCCCACAAAAGCUUUGGCCUUGCCCAGUAAAUGUGGUCUGCAAAAGCCUCCUGGAUGUAAAGUGAAUUGA